GAGAGAGAGAGAGUGUUCAGUGUGGGGUGUUGGGGAGCGACCAAACGAGCACUUCGUGAAGAUGAUCACGCGCAUAAAACGAAGAUACGUGUGUGAAAAUAUACGUCGAUCGCGAAGGUUACCAGUAACGAUAAACAACCAAGAUGCAGUCCGACGAUGAUUUGCCCGAAGACGAGGAAGAGAUACUCGUGUACGUGGAAUUCGAGGAUCUCGUUGGCAGCAACACAUUUACUAAGGAAGAUCUUCAACUAGAUAUGACAGGGAUAGAUACAGAGCACCCGUUAAUGCAGGUCAAUGGACGGUAUUACGAGGGUACUUACGAGGAUGCCGUCGGUACGUACAUGUUCUUCGAGAAAGACGACGAUCCGCAUGUGGACGACGCUAUAUUUGACAAAGUACCGACUCUCAAGUAUUUUGCCAAAACCAGAAAGAUGUUGAAGAUGCAACGAGUCUUUGCAAAACCGAGAACAGAGAUCUUUGGCAAUCCUGAAAUCAAUAAUUGUAUUCCAAAUAUCGACAUGCUAUCGCAAGCUGGGGUACCGCCGAAGUAUCAAGAAGAAGCUCUACAAUUUUGGGAUAUACUACGCGACGAGAAUUUGAAAGAAUUAAAUGCAUGUUUGGAGAAGCAAAAAAUUGUAGACGAAGAAGCAUCCAAAGAUACCACGUCAGAUUUGAAACUUGGGGGAAACGUGUCGCCUGGAACGUCUGAAAAUAAGGAAGAAUCAGAAGAUACAUGAGAAUGUAGGAGUAGAAUUUUAUUUAUUUGAAACAGUAAGCAAUUACGUUAUUCAUUAAUAUCCUUAUCACUAGUCACCGUAAAGUCUGUAUAUUACGCUAAUCUUGGUAAGUUAGUGGUUUUAAAGUAAAAGUGAUCGAGAUUGCACCGUCUUAACCUUAUUAUAAUUUUACAUUCCCAUUCCUAACGAUGGUCGUAGGUAUAUUUUUUUUAUACGAUCCUGAUCAGUUUAUUAGAUUUCACCUGCAUUAUUUAUAUUCUGUUUUCACAUUGUGAAAAAUAAAGUGUAUAGUUAGUAACUGUUGUUCAAAGAAGCUGUGCUUCUCCUUUCUAUCUGUAUCUCACUUUUAUCCUGCCAUUGCUCAUAGAUACAUGGCUCAAAUAGAGAUAGUUUAUACAUUUGUACUAUGAAUAUUUGUAUCGCAUGCAAAGCUGCUGAGUCUCCGGCUGUCUUGGUCGCACAUCCGGAUGUCACUUUAAUUUGGAGAUCGAUUAAACCGAACCAAUUGAAAGAGCGACGAAGAGAGAUCACGAACGGAAUUGAUCAUAUUUUUUGUUGCGUCGUCGUAUUUAUGUCAGCCUUGAAGAACCAUUUAUUCUGCUUUCUUUUUGCUUCAUGCACAUAUCUGUAACCACAUGAUCGAAAGUCCGUAUCUCCUCCCCCCCCGUGCGCGUAUAAAGAGAGAGUCGACAUGUUAUGAAAUACUGCAUUGAUGAACCAGGCGUAGUCUGUAUAUAUAUAUAUAUAUAUAUAUAUAUAUAUA